CAGGGUACUGACGGUGCGCGAAGGUGCGCACUAACGACAGAGAUCAUCGACCGACAAUAUCCUGAUGUCACCACGGUGUAUGAGAGCUUUCUUCGAGGAAAGAGCAUCUCUGGUAAGUUUAUACAAUUAUUACCUCUUUUGAAAUAGCUCGAGUUUUCUUUCUUUAACACAAAAAUUCAGUACCGCCCGCUUUUUCAGUCACACUUGCUGUACUGUCAGGGGUGCCGAGGCCAUGUAACGACACAAGGUAUUUGACAGAGUGACGUCAAUCUUGGCAGAGGCCGUGAGGUCUCUCUUUAUUUGUCUUCAGCUAUGAUCGGUGGCGCGGGGUCGGUACUGAAAGAAAUUUUAUACUAGGAGCUCCGCCUCGAGGUCCAACCCUUAACUCUUUUAUAUACCAUUUUUGACCUUUUAUUGACGAAUAGUAUCCCUUUCAGAUACCUUGUUUAGAACCUUGCAUCCCUUCCAAAUGUAAUAAAAGCACUGUCUUUUAAAUAUGAAUAAAUGACAAAAUUAAAAUGUUUUCUCCACCCUUCGGCAGCCAAAAAAAGCAUCUGUGAUCUGUUAGCCCUUUGGGGCCUUUCUACAGACCGAAAUGUCUGAUUUCCGUACCCUUCCCUACAUCAACUGCUGAAACCUUUAACUUUUCAUAUACCUGAAGCCUGAAAAAGGUACCUCUUUCAGGAGGAAAGACCUUUUAUUGACGAAUAGUAUCUCUUUCAGAUACCUCGUUUAGAACCUUGUAUCCCUUCCAAAUGUAAUAAAAAGCACUGUCUUUUAAACAUGAAUAAAUGAUAAAAUUAAAAUGUUUUCUCCACCCUUCGGCAGCCAAAAAAAGCAUCUGUGAUCUGUUAGCCCUUUGGGGCCUUUCUACAGACCGAAAUGUCUGAUUUCCCUACCCUUCCCUACAUCAGCUGGUGAAACCUUUAACUUUUCAUAUACCUGAAGCCUGAAAAGGUAACUCUUACGGGUGGAACCUCCCCGUAUAGGUCAUUGUAGGGAUUACCCUCCCCCCGGGACUAUGAUUCACAUCAAACUUAAAGUGUUGUUAAAUGAGGAUUUGACUUGUGAUUUUCAAAUAAGCUACGCCUAUGACAAGCAUAAAAGCGCUUACCUGUUUCUGUAGAACAUUGUGGCACAAUUCCUUCUCGAAGACUUUAUUUCCGAACCAUAAUUCUUAUUACAACUCCCCGCGUCUGUCCAGUAGGGAAAAAAAGCUCUUUAUUUUGUUACCCAUAUUUUCCAGAGACGAUUGUUUCACUUCAGAAAGUUGUUUUUUUUCGAAAAUAAACCGCCUAUUGCAGAAUGACCUGCCUGUCUUUGCAAAUCAAAGAAGGUUUAGGAAGUUUCCAUCCUCUCAACUUAGAACAGUACUUGGAAAUCAUGGGAUGAACAUCCUUCCGCGUAAAUGUAAGAGAAUCCAAGACAGUCCUAAAUUCUGGAUUCCAUGUCAUUGAUUCCGGAUUCCAGCUACUGGAUUAAGGAUCGUUUGUCAGUGGAACUGGGAAUCCAGAUCCCAAUCGUUAGUGGGAUUCUGGAAUUGUAUUCCAGAUUCCAAAGCGCAGCAUUCCGGAUUCUAAGAGCAUAAAUUUCUCGGAUUCCGAGAGCCGGAUUUCCUUAAAUGUGCAAAUCCUUGAAACAAGUUAUUAAUUUCCAAGGUGAUGGUCCCUGUCUUGGAACAUGGAACAAAGAAAGAAAACAAUACACGUGGCUAUCGUAUAACCAGGUGGGGAGUUCUUUUUUUUUCUCUCCAUUCUUUCUUCAUUUUAUUUUUUUGCAACUGUUGUAAAAAAUAUCUAAUAAUAACAAUAAAAAACCUGGCCACAGGUUAAAAACAAAAAAGGUAGGGAGUUCUAUUCAAGUUAAACCCCUCGCGGUUAGGAGGUGAGGAAGCGAGGGGGCGAGGGGACGAGGGUGCGUGGGGGCGAGGAGGCGAGGAUGACACCUUCCCACUCCACCCAACAGAAGUUUCGUGUUCAUGCCCAGUUCUUUUAAAACCUCUAGCCAGCUCAGUCAUGGUUACGAGAUAUCCCCUUGAACGUGUCAUGGGAUCAAUUUAUCUUUGAGCGUAAACUGCAGAUACACCCUUCCAUAAAAGAACAUACAAAAGAGAUCCGAAAGAAGCAAAAGUAUAAAAUAUAACUACUUCUUCUCUCCCCAGGUCCACGAACGUGCAACGAAAGUCGGUAGAGGCUUGGUUGCCAUUGGUUGCGAGCCUUCACAAAAGAGUUUCAUUGGUAUUUAUGGACCAAAUCGUAUGGAGGUAUGAUAUCGUAUAAUACUAACUAGUAUUUGUGAUUUUUAUAGGUGUACAAUCCAAAAUCUUUCAUCCAUUGACAGAGUUGCUUUUAUGGGAGACGGUUAAUAUUUUGGUUUUAUGACUCAUGCAGUUAACAAAAAAUAUUGAAAAAAUUUUCAAAAUUAAUUUCCAUUGUUCUAAAACAGGAGUACUUUGCAACCAUUCAGAACGGAAAAAAGAAGCUAGAGUAUUACUCUAGCUUCUUUUUUCGUAAAACAGGAUCCAAUAUCUGCAAGUAACGACACACCAUUUUUAACACUUUUAAAAUUUUGGCUAGAGAUUUUUUUACGGCUGGCGAGCUUUGCACGUACAUUCUAUGCAUUUCCGUUUGUUCACAGAAAACACAGUCCAGAAAAUCUAGAUCUUUAAAGACACCAUAAAAAAUACGUAAGUAAAGUCACCUGGGAUUGACUGGACCGCACGCUCUACAAAAGAUACCAGUGGCACGGACACAUACUAUGUGUGCCGGGAGUCCUGACGUAUAUGUAGUAGUUGGUGCCAUCCCCGGUGAGGAUAAGCCCGUCAAUUUUAAUCUCCCGGCAUCUUCCUCCCUCUGAAACUAUAUAUGAGUACGCUAUGUUACUUUCAGUGACCAUCCUAAAUUCAGUUGGCCUUUCCCAGGCUCCAAGACAGUUAUGUGCAGUGAUGGUGAUUAUUACUACGAAAAUUCCCCCUGCGCACGUUUCUUACUUUCUAUCAGUUUUCGUGCCAUAGUCACGAAUCACUACUAUCUUGGAACCUGGAACAGGCUAGCCUGCGUUGCAGACGCAAACUAACUCCGGUUAGUGACGUCUACAAAGCAGCGUCUGAAUCUUAGUUCUUAGCCUGCGCAGCAGGCGCCAAACGGACUCGACUAGUUACUGGAAAUGCGUUUCGAAUUUGUUUUCAAAUUGACUGGCAUUGAAAUUACUUUUUUAACAGGUCAUUCAUGGCGCGUACUCAAAUCCUGGUACACGGGUGAGGGCCCGUCAGACUUAAACCGAAGUUUAGUUCUGUCUGUGGGCUAAGAACAGUCUACGUCUUUAUAAAAAGGGGGAUUAUUUUAAAGGACAGAAAGAACUGAUGCAGAUGUUUCUGUUUUAAGUAUUGCAACUUACUUUACCUACAUUUUUUUUCUCUCUCUUUGGAGAGCACCUGUAUUUUGGGAGGCUAUUGUCAUUGCUUCUUAGCUUUAGACUCAGAUUCACCAGGGUGAUAGGCUCCUGGAUUCAGAGGUUUUUUAUCUUUAGGCAAAAUCUUGGGUACACGCACAUUUAUCGUCUAAAGAAUGAAUUAGAGUCAUUUUUACCGAAAAAACAAACGCUGGAAACUAUAAACCCCCUUGAGAGGUUGCGUGAAAUAAGAGAGAAAUUAGGACGUGAAACAGUUGUACACAUUUGACUUAUAUGAUGAUUUUUUGAUUCAUUUCGACGAGUCCGCUUUGAACGUCGGAACAAGUCUACAUUAUAAUGACCUCAAAGCGGCUUGAAAGCAAUGAUUUUCUUGAAAACUUUAUUCUUUGAUUAUACGUUUACAUUACAGCCGAGAUUUCAACUAUUAUUUGCAACGAAGACAAAGUUUCUUCGCUUUUGGAGCAUGCACAUUCCUGUAAGGGGCUAAAAUAUCUGAUAAAGAUUGGCACCCAGGUAACGGAAGAGCAGAGCACGACAGCAAAGGGACUGGGACUCCAAAUCAUGUCUUUUUCUGAUUUAGAGGUAGGUCGAGUCCUAAGCAACAAGCCUCCGUUACUCGCUCUAGGCUUAAUCGAUCUUUAUUAAAUAGAAAUAUAUUUAUUUGCUAAGACAUUAGGAAAACAUUGGGCAAAGAGCAUGUAGCUCAGGGUUUAAUUCGAAGUAAUAUAUCAAAUUCCCUAAGUUGCAGCAUGAUGAAGUGAUUUGGUAAAUCUCGCAAACACGUAUUCAAAACCGCAUUAAAUUUAAAGAGAAAAUGCAAGCACAUUUAGCGCUCAAUAAGAGUUCGUUUUGCUGACCAUGGCUAGUUUUAUGCUCCGAUUUUCCACAGAGAAAACAAUAAUGAAAAAAUCAAGGAAUCAAUCUGAAUCAUAGUUCCUGGUUCCCUCAAAUCUAAAUACACUUCAUUUCGCUUCUUGUUUUAAACUUUGAGAAAACACUUCCAUGCUUCUUGGGCUAAAUUUUGGGCGUGGCUUCGGAGUCAGGGUCUGAUGACCACAAUUCAAUUCAAACUGUAAGCCCACCUUUCUCUUGUCAAUUUACAGGAAUUAGGAGAGAAGAAUCCUCGUGAACUAAAUGUAUGUGAGUUUUGAACUAUAUAUUAAAUUUGUUUUAAAAAAAGUAAAGAAGAGUACUUAACAAUUAAUUGUAUACUUUUCAGUCGUAUGUAAGUGUCUUAAUUUAAAUGGUUUGUGAGUAGUCAAGCCAGCUUCUGAUGGGAUUCAACAUGAGAACCUAGUGCUUUUGAUCACGCUCUAUAAGAGCAAUUGCCGUUAGAUGUGAAGUAUGUUAAAUGAAAUUGCCUUCUUUCAAUUGAACGAAAGAAAUACCAUUGAUAAAAAUUUGUGAUUUGUACCCACUAGAAUACGGUGCAUCUUUGCAGUGCCUCGUUGACAACGAAAGUUAACAAUGUGCUUGGAAAGGUUAAUCCGUAGUUUUCAAAAACUCAGAAUGCAAGAUUUAGAACGAACAUUCUGAAUGGAUUUAAUGUAAUUUAGAUAAUUUGAAGUAUCACUGCCCUUUAGCAAACGGACAGUAUUUUUGGUUAAGUGUAAUAAGGCAAACGGUAAAUGUAGAAAUCAAACCGAUUCAUGAAUCCCAAUGUGUGUUUAUAAACAGCCAGCAAAACCAGAGGACAUAUUAACAGUAUGCUACACAAGUGGGACAACUGGUAAAUACCUUUUUCUCGUUUCAGUAUUAUGAACCUUUUACAUGGGUUUUGAGUUUCGUUUGGUUUUAGUCUUCAGUACACAGAACUAACCAAAGCUUAUUAUGAUCAUCAAUAUAGGACCACCAAAAGGUGCAAUCCUCACCCAUGCAAACCUUGUCAGUGACAUCUCAGCCUAUCGGUGGAUUUAUCAACAGGUAAGUUGCAAAUAAGGUUGAAAACACAAACAGAAACAACGCCCUACAUACGUACAGUCUGGGAAAGACGGAAGGAGGCACAGAAACUUAGUGCUUCUAUUGAACUAAUAAAAGUAGGCCUUCGAGCUCAAGACUAUGCUCAGUCUCCGGCAGUGGAUGUCUCGAUACGCCCGCAGUACCCGCUUGGGGAGUACCGCGGGUGCACUGAGACAUCCACGGCUGUAGACUGAACCUACAAUCUCAGACAAAACCUUGAAACACUUUGGAAAAUUCUGCUCCCUGUCGUUUUCCGCCUCCCUUUUUGCAAUUUUGUUUCAGCCACGUAUAAAUAACUUUGCAAUAACAUCUCAACAUUGUAGAAGGAAAGGGACGUGCAUAGGUGUUUCAAUGAUUUUUGGCGAGGAUUGUAGCUUAAAACCUGAUGCUUACAUUCCCGUUCAUUAAAAAGAAACAUAAGGUCUAGCAGAUUAGGGAUUUUAAGACCUUUCUUUUUUAAAGUACGGAUUUCUCGUUUAACAAAGAAGGGGGUCUAACUUGUGAAAAGCUCUCCUUGAUCGAGUGAGUGGUAUAUACAAAGCUCUUAAUCGACCGUUUACGGUUAUGGAGGUAUUUUUAAUAUACUCAAGUGUUAACUCUUUAGCCACCAAAAAUGAAUUCUUAUUGUUAAUAAAUUGAUAUAAAAGUUUUUAUCGAUCAUAGCUCCCUCAUCAGGACUCUGUUUUGUUUAUCAGCCUUGGAAAUUACAGGCAACGCGGAUCACUAGGGUAGCUUUUAACAUUUGCAACUGUAUUUGUCCACAUAGAGUUGUUCUACGACAAAUAGGUAGAUAUAAUCAAACCUCUAUGCUCAAACACGGGGAUGGAACAACUUGCUGAUCAAUAAAGCUUAAUUGGUCCUAAUUAGAGGUUUUGCUUACAAUUUUAGGUGACAAUUUUGUCCACUAGCCACUUCGGUAACUGGCCUCUAAAUGGCAGAUGACCCCUUAAUACGAAUAACAGAUGUUCAAUUGUAGCUUUUGCAAGUGCGUGGACUAAUCAUAUGUAUUCAUUUCUUAUUAAUUUCAGAGUGGAUUUCCAGAACUGACCCCCGAGGAUGUACAUUUGUCAUUUUUGCCUCUAGCUCACAUGUACGAACGGAUAAAUCAUGUAAGUUCAUUAGUAAAUAAAUAAAUAAAUUAUAAUUAGUUAAUAAGUGGCGUAAAUUUGGUACUCUCCUCUUAGUAAGUCUUCACUUUCUUGGAAAACUUGGAGGGGCUCCUGGCCUUCCAGCGCCCCCGGCUCCGCCAGCGUCAUAUGGCUAGUAUUGGGCUGUGAGGACAAUGAGCGUUACACGGAAUCCACCUCAAAAUGGAUGGAUUCACAAGUAAACUGUACACCUUCGUUUUUCGGUUUAUGCAUAGCCUGGGAUAAGCAAAAUAUUGUUUCGUCUCAUUACUAGCUUUUUCUUUUAAGUUUUUAACGACUUUCUUUCAGCUUCAUUUAAUGCUCAGUGGUGCGCGAAUUGGAUACUUUAGUGGAGACAUAAAACGGCUUCUUGAAGACUGCAAAGAGCUUCAGUAAGUAAAGCAUGUAACCCUUUUAGCCGAGAAUCAGAAAUAAAAAAUGCGUGAAUUCUAAACUUGCAUUAAAUUCCUGGAUUUACUAAUAUUCGACUUAUUUUAAACAGGCCAACGAUCUUCUCAGCCGUUCCUCGUUUACUAAACAGAAUUUACGACAGAGUAAGUAAAAAGUCCCGAGUGGUUUUUGGAUUGCAAGGCCGUUUUUUCUUGCCCAAAUAAAUGUCCGACCGUAUUCCCUGUAAACAUCUAGCAAUUUCCUUGAAGUAAUUGAAAAAACGUUAGCCUAAAUAUGAUUUCCCCAGCAGUCUCGAUCUCUUCAGUUUCUUAUCUUGUUGCUAACGCUGUUACGCCUUUCACAGACUGUUCAGACUCAUCAACAGCCACAAUAUCAUGACGUUAAUCGAUUAAGUCAUGCUUGAUAAUUUUGCUAUUUAUUAUCAAGUUCACUUAAUAACAUAUUCUAUAUUUAACUACUGAUAAGGUGACUUCUGGAGUAGCAAAUAGCAAACUCAAGCAAUGGCUUCUUCAAACGGCGCUGAACUCAAAAGAAAACGAUCUAAAAAGGUAACUUUUAAAGAGAUUUAGUUGAAAUGAUAAUUCGAAUAACCCGCCCUCAAAUAUAACUUGUUUAGGAAGCUAAAAUUGACCCACUUUGUUGUUUGUUGUUGUUUAGGGGAAUCAUAAGCAAAGACACAAUGUGGGAUGUGAUAGUCUUCCGCAAAAUCCAGGUAUGUUACGUGUCGAUCACUUUGACGUAGCAGUCUAGACUCGAGGGGUACAGACCUUAAUUCCGAUUAAACCACGUACUUUUAUCGGCUGUAGAAGUUUCGUCCCAAUGAGUGCAACGGAAUCCAAGACAGUCUUCGAUUCUGGAUCCCACGCCGUGGAUUCCGGAUUCCAGCUACUUGAUUCCAGUCUUUGUCAGUGGAACUUGGAUUCUGGAUUCCAAUCCUUAGUUGGAUUCCGGAUUCCUUGAGCUGUAUUCCGGAAAGGAUUUCGGAAUUUCGGAUACUAUAAGCAAAAUUUUCUCAGGGUCAGGAUUCCAAAAGCGGGCGAAGAAGUUGGCUGAUAUUCAGAUUUUCUGGCGUGUGCUGUAAAUAUAUAUUUUUCUGGGAUUUUUCCCCUUGAAUAAAUUAUAACCUCUGAAUUAAUUACAACGAUGAAAUGUUCAAUUCACAGAAUCUUCUUGGUGGCCGAGUUCGCUAUAUACCGUGUGGUUCGGCACCCUUGUCUGCUAAGGUGACGUCAUUCAUCAGAUGCGUUAUGGGAUGUCAGGUGAGUUACACUUGACGGGCACAUCAUAGUUUUGCUCAUGUGCUAAAACAUAUGACUUCAUAAUCACGCCUUGUUGACGUCAGAGAUUAAACAUGUAUACAUUAACAAGCUCAUAACGCUACCACCGCCCAAUGAAAUGGGUCCAAGGCAGUCUUGGAUUCUGGAUUCCACACGUUGGAUUUCGGAUUCAAGGUACUGGCUUCCGGAGCUCUGUUUGUGGAACAUGGAUUCCUGAUUCCAAUCUUUAGUGGGAGUCGCAUUACUACAGCUGUUCUCCGGAUUCCAAAGCCUAGGAUUUCGGAUUCAACGAACAAAAUUUCCUGGAUUCUGGAUUUCACAGGCAAAAAACUUCCCCGAUUCCGGAAUCCCUUACAUUGGGCGACUACCAAUUUGCUCUUGUCUGUUGCCAACUUUGUUUUCGUCCUUCUAAUAAGAGAUUCGUAUUUCAUUUUGACAGCUGGCAGAAGGAUACGGUCAAACUGAGGCCACAUGCGCAGUAACCUUUCAGCUCUAUAAUGAUCCCAUGGCAGGUAAGUGAAAACUUCAUGCAAAAAAAAUAUUGAAAACACAGAAAUAAAGUAUAUAUAACUCCUAUCAAAGACUGGAAAGAUUCUUUUCCGGAGUGCUCGAAAUCUUUGAGUGUCUUUUGGAACAAGCGAUUAAUGGUCAUCGUUUACUCCUUAACAGAGGGUCAUGUUGGACCUCCAAUUCCUUGCAACAUCGUAAAACUCGUCGACGUGGAGGAAAUGGAAUAUUUUGCCAAAAAUAAUCAGGGCGAGGUAAGAUAACAUCCAUCUCACCUUAGUUUAAAACUGUUUGAACGUUUUUCUCCACUGCCUUUCGCGCCGGAUUCUCCUCUCUUUCGCCCCGCCAUGUAAGGGAAUCCAAGACAGUCUUGGUUUCUGGAUUCCGGAUAUUUUGUCAGUGGAACUUGGAUUCCGAAUUCAAAUCGUUAGUGGGAUUCCGGAAUCCUUGAGCUGUAUUCCGGAUUCCAAAGCAGAGGAUGAUUCCGAAUUCCACUACUUAGAUUUCUCGGAUUAGGGAUUCCAAAAGCGAAAAUUUCCAGGAUCCGGAUUUUCUAACAAGGGGCGAGAAACCAUUUCAUUCUGACCAGUUUUCUGAUCCAGGCUUAGCAGCUCCUCUUUUUCUAGAGCUUGAUUCUUUACUACAUCUGAACUCCAUCUUCUAUAUUCAGGUUUGCGUGAAAGGACCAAACGUUUUUAAAGGCUACCUUAAGGAUCCGGCAAAGACGGCUGAAACUAUUGAUAAGGAUGGCUGGCUUCACACUGGUGACAUAGGAGAAUGGCUUCCGGUAAUUUAUUUGUACAUCCAAACGAGUAGGAGUGAAAAAAGCUGACCGUGCAUUCUGUAUUGAUGCAAAACGACAUUGGUUGGCAAACCAUCGAAUAUUUGAUGGAAGCUAUUGUUUACGUGAUGCUGACAUAAAAGUAUAGGCCCAUUUCUUACCGUUUGAACAAAAUAUGAAAUCGUAUUAUUAUUAUUAUUAUUAUUGUUGUUGUUGUUGAUAUUACUAUUACCAUUACCAUUAUUAUUAUUAUUGUUAUCAUCUUGUUCACAUAUUUUAUACACUAGUAAUAAAGCUAAACCAAAACAAUUAUCCUGACCAAUACUUUUAAAUCAUUUAAGGCCAUCUUUUUUUAUUUAGAUUGAAAAAAAAAAGUAUGUGUGCAAGGUAGUACAUGUGAAACACAGACAGCUUUGAAACCAGAACUUGUUUGUGCGUUUGCUCUUUCAGAAUGGAACUUUACGAAUAAUUGAUCGCAAGAAGAAUAUAUUCAAACUUUCUCAGGCAAGUUUGUGCUUAGCUGCACAUUUCAAUACCACUUCUAUAUUUUGAUUUUUUAAAAAAAAUUCCAUUCUGUUAUCAUUCUAAACUUUCGAUUUUCGUUUUUUCUAGGGAGAGUACAUCGCUCCUGAAAAAAUCCAGAACGUGUAUCUGCGCAGUCUGUUUAUUGCGCAGGUAUUUGUUGUUGGAAACAGUUUGAAGGUAAGAACACUGUAGUCUGAAAUGUCUACUAACCCCACCCCUAACCUGUGGGGCUAGGGGGUGAAGACGGCUGACAAUUCAGACUAGAUGGGCUUACCCCUUAAAGCCCCAAUAUCCACAUAUAAAUUCUCCAUACUGAUCUUCAUACAUUUCCUUCAAGAGUUAGUUGAGAGAGUUUGUUAACAGAUCGAUCCAUUUUCUCUUCAGUGAUCAUUUUAUUAACUCUUAUAACCAUUUCUAUUGGUAACAUAUGGCUAUUGUUAUGAGAAAAUUAAUGUUGGUCAAUAUCGGCGGGGCUUCUAAAGGCAGAGGAGAGGGGGAGGGAGAGAGAGGAGUAUUCUUUCGCUCUCUUUCCCAACCCCAGCCAGCCAUUGCUCUUUCGACGUGUCGCACAUGCCAAAAUAUUUCACUUACAGGCAUGCUAAGAAAAUGGCGAGGAAGCUGGCCAAACUGUUAGUGAAUAGGUACGACAUAGAUGUCGCAUUUUUUUAAAAAAUUAUCUCGCUAUGAAGGGAUCUAAGGGCUAAAGACAUAUCACUGGGUAUUAAAAAAAAAAUAAAAAUAAAAAUAAAUAAACAACUUUAAUUCUCUUCCCAGUCUUUCAUCGUGGCAAUUGUUGUCCCGGACGCAGAAGUCCUGGAGCCCUGGGCCCGAAAUAGUGGCAUUGAAGGAGACAUUAAACAGCUUUGUGAAAAUAAGGUAAAACACUUCUUCUUGAACAAUACUGACUUCUCUAAAGACCUCAAGAAGCCACCUCCUACUCCCACGUAAAUUGCGUCCUUUGGAUCCCCUCUCCCCGCAGAAUUUCGGUUGCCCUCCGUGAAAGUUCCGGAUUCUAAACGCUAGGAUUCCCGACUCCACGAGCAAAAUUUUUCCGGAUUUCGGGAUCCCUUACAUGGGGCCAUAUUUCUGACAUCAGCUAACCCAAUUUUUAUGAAAAAAAAAUUACAGAGGUUAAAAAUUGAUACGAGAAUUUUUUUGUUUCCGAACUUCGCUCUACAUAUAAAUUAGAGGUUUAAGAUACCACGACGGCGACGGCCACGAAAAUGUUGCUUAAAAAAUGAAUCCAAGUUCUUUCAAUCUCUAUCGCGAUUAUGUCAUUUCGCUUUGUCAAAUGCAUGCGAACUCUUCUGGAGCCGAGUUCCUCACGACUAUACCCAAGUUCAGAGAGAGAAAGAAAAUUUCGUCGUCACUUGUUUACGUUUCACGAUAAAACGUGAAAUAAGGGUUUUCACGUCAUAGUCGAGCAGCGACGGCAAAGAAAACACAAAAAAGCGUAAUGCACGUGCAGAGAUGCUCUUUUGCCUUUUUAACCUAUUGCUUUUUUGACGUUCUCGUUGCCGUCGCCGUCGUGGCAUCUAAAAUUCCCAAUUUCCUCGUUUCCAGACUGUGUAUCAGACUAUAUUCCAAGACAUGCUGGACAAAGGCCGAGAGGGUGGACUGAACUCUCUAGAACAGGUACAAAUCUCUGGGUGA